CUUAUACUCAAAUGUAUAUUAUCUAUAUAUAAAAAAUUAAAAAGUAAAGUCAAGUCUUGGAGAUGGACUUAGAUUGCCAAUAUAGUCCAUAUAUAUAUAAAAUCAACAACAUUUUUACAUAUAUAUUGACUAUAUAUAAAAAAUAAAAUCUAGACAACAAUCCUCCUCCUUAUACUCAAAAGUCUGGAUCGAGUGAAAAGCAUGGAAUCUGAAGAUGGACUCCGCCAACCCAUCUUACAGUCAACACAACCGCCACCGUCGUCGUCGGAAUUGCCAUCGAACGUCUAUGAGUCUAACUCCGAACUCGAAAAGACAUUGUCAAACACCGAAUUACCUUACUUGAAGCGUCUAAGAUUGGCCAGUUGGAUCGAACUUAAGAUCCUCUUUAAGCUUGCAGCACCGGCAGUUUUGGUGUACUUGAUCAACAACUUCAUGUCCAUGUCCACUCGAAUCUUCGCCGGUCAUAUUGGCAAUCUUGAGCUCGCCGCCGCCACUCUUGGCAACAACGGCAUCCAACUUUUUGCCUACGGCCUCAUGCUUGGAAUGGGCAGUGCGGUAGAGACAUUGUGUGGACAAGCUUAUGGGGCCCACAAGUACGACAUGCUAGGAGUCUAUCUCCAAAGAGCAACGAUCGUCCUCACUCUGACAGGGAUCCCAUUAACGGUGAUUUAUGUGUUCUCAAAGGAACUGUUGCUGUUACUGGGCGAAUCAACGGAGGUGGCAACGCAAGCGGCAAUAUUCGUCUAUGGUCUCAUCCCACAGAUCUUCGCGUACGCCAUCAAUUUUCCAAUACAGAAAUUCUUGCAAUCACAGAGCAUAGUGCGGCCCAGCGCGUACAUAUCAGCGGCUACACUUGGGUUGCACCUACUGUUAAGCUGGGUGGCGGUGUACAAGAUCGGGCUGGGCUUGAUAGGUGCAUCACUGGUGUUGAGCUUGUCGUGGUGGAUCAUAGUUGGGGCCCAGUUUGUUUACAUACUGAUGAGUGACACGUGUAAGACCACGUGGACUGGAUUUAGAUUUGAAGCUUUUUAUGGGCUUUGGGAAUUUCUGAAAUUGUCUUUUGCAUCUGCGGUGAUGCUGUGCUUGGAGACGUGGUACUUGCAGAUACUAGUGUUGAUUUCUGGCCUGCUUGAAAACCCCGCCUUGUCUUUGGACUCUAUCUCUGUCUGCUUGGCGAUUAAUGGGUUACUGUUCAUGGUUUCUGUUGGGUUCAACGCAGCUGCCAGUGUAAGGGUUAGCAAUGAGCUUGGAGCAGGAAACCCCAAGUCUGCAGCAUUCUCCGUUGUGGUGGUGAAUUUUGUUUCAUUCAUAAUUGCUGUGGUGGAAGCUAUGAUUGUGCUAGCGUUGCGCAACGUCAUCAGCUACGCCUUCACCAGCGGUGAGUCUGUGGCUGAGGCCGUCUCCGAACUCUGCCCCUUCUUGGCGGUCACUCUCAUUCUCAAUGGUGUCCAACCAGUCUUGUCUGGUGUGGCUGUUGGGUGUGGAUGGCAAGCAUUUGUCGCAUAUGUGAAUGUGGGUUGUUAUUACGUGGUAGGAAUUCCUCUUGGUUGUCUUCUUGGGUUUAAGUUCAACCUUGGUGCUCAGGGUAUAUGGUCUGGGAUGAUAGGAGGAACAUUGAUGCAAACCGUCAUCUUAAUUGUGGUGACAUGUCGUACCGAUUGGAAUAAAGAGGUGGAGAAAGCUAGGGCGCGUUUGGACAAAUGGGAAGACGUCAAAAAGCCACCUCCACGGAAUGGUUCGUAAAAACCACAUAGGUGGGUGGGAGUGAGAACCCUCCAUUGUUUAUAUCAGCCAUGCUGCUGGUUCAACCUUUAAGACUCUGAUCACGGGAUUUUAACCCAUAAUUGUUUCCCAUUUGCCUUUGUUGCCUGUGCUGUGUACUCAUAGAAGUGGUGUUUAAUUUUAAUUUUUUUGAAUUUAUUUUUUUUUUUUACUUAUUUUUUUUUUUUAUGAGUGGAGUUUAAUUUUGAGAAAUAAGCUACUGCUUUCUUCACUGU